UUUCCACAAACAGGUGCUGGAUUUUAUCUCAAUGCCACACAAGAGAAGUGGAAGAACUGGCGUAUGUAUGAUUAUGUUGUCAAGGAGCUGCCAAACCUUCUACAGGAGAAUUUCCCACAGCUUGAUACAUCACGAGCAUCGAUAUUUGGUCAUUCUAUGGGUGGUCAUGGCGCUCUAACAAUCUACCUAAAAAACCUUGACAAGUAUAAGUCAGUGUCUGCCUUUGCACCAAUCGUGAACCCCGUAAAUUGUCCCUGGGGCUCGAAAGCUUUCACAAAUUAUCUCGGCAGCAAUAAAGCUGAUUGGGAGGAAUAUGACGCUACUAGCCUUAUAGCAAAGUUCCAUGAUGUGGCAGCUACAAUUCUAAUUGAUCAGGGUGAGGAUGACAAAUUCUUGCAUGAUCAACUUCUGCCGCACAGAUUUGAAGAUGCAUGCAGGGCUGCUAAUGUUCCGCUGCUGCUGCGGUUGCAGCCCGGAUAUGAUCACUCUUACUUUUUCAUUGCCACCUUCAUCGAUGAUCACAUCCGCCAUCAUGCUCAAGCUCUUAAUCUCCCAUGAAGGUUGGCGAAUUCCGGAAACCUCUGUCGAAUGUAGUCCCUAUCUAUAUAAUUUUUCAAUGUAGUUGGUUUUCUGAUAUGAACUUUGUUGGGACAGAACAUGAUGCACUAGUAGUCAAGAUGUUGCUCCGAGUACUAAGUUUGUGAUAUGAAUUGGAGUUUGAGCCUUA